AUGAGUCAAGACAGCAAACUCGACGCGCUACACAAGGAACUGUUCGAGCAGGGCCUGAAGAUGCGCCGCAGCGUCGUCGGCGACGCCUAUGUCGAUCGCGCCCUCGCCAACGGGUCCACCGAGUUCUCUAAGCCUGGACAAGAGCUCGUUACAGAGUGGUGCUGGGGAUACGCUUGGACACGACCCGGUCUGGAGAAGAAGCAACGGAGUCUGCUGAAUAUUGGUAUGCUAAUGGCUCUUAACCGUGGGCCAGAGCUCGCUGUCCACGUUCGUGGAGCGAGGAACAAUGGCCUGACAGAGCUUGAGAUCCGGGAAGCGAUUCUUCACUGCACUACCUACUGCGGUGUCCCGGCUGGUGUGGAGGCUAUGAAGAUUGCCGAGAGAGUACUCAACGAGAUGAGUGAGACGGGUGAGAAGACACGGGAGCUUGGGAACAAGGCGGAGUGA